UGGAUCUAGCGAGAUGCCACGACGGAGGCCCUAGAUAAGGGUCUGGGCGAAGGCGUCGCGUCGCGUCCGCGCCGCCUGUGAAAGCCACGUGUCUACGUAAUGGGAUUCCAGUCUCUCAUUUGGAGCCACACUCCCGCAUCGUGCUCUGGCGCGCGGCUCCAACGCUGCGCAGCCACGUUUGCACCGGACUCGCCGCACUUUCGGAAACGGGCUCCCGGUGCUCGAGGGACAGUUUAAUACAAUCAAAAAAGGGGAAAGACACACACACACAAAAGAUUGAAGUUUUGGAAUUCUGGAAUUCUGGGAAUGUUUGAUUAAAAAAAAACAAAGCAAAGGGAGGGGGGUGUUUAGACAAGGCAGAAACCCUGGCGAUGUGCUUAGUUGGGGUUUCCCGUUGCAGUCCUCAUGCGCGAAGGCACGCGCCCUCGCUUCCUGGCUUCCUGACGCCGCGCGGAUCGGUAUCCCACCCUUUACCACGGAGCGCCAAACUAAUAUGCGAUGUUAUUUUGCGCUGAAAGCCCUCGCGCCGCACCGUGAUCAAGCCACACUCCCACCCCCGCGCGACCGAUGCGAUCGAAAAAGUCGACUCGGGUUACGGACACGCCGGGAAGGCUGCGACGCUGGUAAAGAGUCGGACUCGAGCGCGAGCGCCGUCCUAACGCCGUGGCACGCGCUACAUCAGCACCCGGGGGAAGACGCAGACAAACCGGGGGAUCACGCGGCGUUUUCUAUGGUACAAGUAGCGUUCUCGUGCGCCAGAACGGAUCCGGCAGGGCUAUUAUGCAAGCGCAAAGAGCACUUCCCUAUGAGGGCGCAUAGGCUGCUGUACUGCUCUUCGCCCAAAUCAAUGUGGUUUCUUUGGAACAUUUUCAGCAAAGGAUCGCAUAUGCUGCAGUGUCUUUGUGGCAAGAGUCUUAAGAAAAACAAGAACCCAAGUGAUCCCCAGCUAAAGGGCAUUGUGACCAGGUUAUAUUGCAGGCAAGGUUACUACUUGCAGAUGAGCCCAGAUGGAUGUUUGGAUGGGACCAAAGAUGACAGCACUAAUUCCUCAAUGUUCAACCUCAUCCCAGUGGGCCUUCGAAUUGUUGCUAUCCAGUCUGUGAAGACAGGAUUAUACAUUGCUAUGAAUGCAGAGGGCCAUCUGUACACAUCGGAACUUUUCACACCAGAAUGCAAGUUCAAAGAGUCAGUUUUUGAGAACUACUACGUCAUUUAUUCAUCCAUGCUCUACAGACAGCAAGAGUCAGGUCGGGCCUGGUUCCUGGGCCUCAAUAAAGAGGGCCAGCCAAUGAAGGGGAACCGGGUGAAAAAGACAAAACCAGCUGCACAUUUUCUACCUAAGCCCAUUGAAGUUGCCAUGUAUCGUGAGCCGUCCUUGCACGACGUUGGUGAAGCAGUCCCAAAGGCUGGUGUUCCCCCAAACAAAAGCACAGAGCCAGUGGUCAUGAAUGGUGGCAAACCUGUUAGCAAACCUGACAAGGAGACAUAGCCCUACUCCCCUUCCCCUCCGCUUUGGACAGACUCUCCACAUGUGCUACUUCACACAUUUGUGUCUUUGGCUUGUAAAAGGAAAAAAAAAAACUAAAAAGAAAAAUCUCCCUCCUGUAGUGUUUAUUCACUGGAACAAAUGAAUCAAGGGGUGGUUGUGGUCAAAGGACAUGGGUGUAUUGCACAAAAAGACUGUGAGAGUGUAGAGAAAAUCACCAAGGAGGGAAAGGGGGCCACUGGACGCUAAACAUUAAGAGACUGUCACUGGAAUGUCCGAUGUGAUAUGGAACAUGUUUUCUUUCUGUUAUACCUUUAUUCCUGUGACAAUCCUCUGUGAAAAUGACAUAUUUUCAUCUGCCUUGUCUGGUAGCUUUAUGUGCUGACAGCUAGCCAGUUUUCAGUUGGACCUUUCAUGUUAUUGUGGUUUUGCAGAAGACCACAAUUCACCAGCAUUUGUCUUGAUUGAUUGCUGUACGAAUACAAAUUAAAUCUGUUGUUGUUGCAGUCUUUUUUCUUUCUUGUUGGCCCUUUUUUGUAUGUUCUUUUCUGUAACUCUUAUCAUUCAUUUCCAUGAAUACUGUCUGUAUGGGUAGAAAUAUAACUGAAAUGGGGAAAAUAUGAGAAAAAAUUAUGUAACAUGAAAUAGAUGUGUUUAUAAAACAGUAAAAUGGUAGAGGCAGUGUGGAGCUGCCAAAUUAGUUGCCAAGAACUGGUGCUUGGGAUUUAUUUCUUCCUUUUAGUUUGCUCGAAAGAAUGACUGAUAGAAUGGCACUGAAUUGCACUAGGUUUUAAUCUGUGAACAGUUAAGAGUGAUGGCAUUGAUAAUCAUGCCUUUAGGCAUUCAGGGUGGAUAUAAUUCCUCACAAGGGAAGAGUAUACAUAUCACAGAUACCCUCAAUAUGCCUCAGCUCACUUUCAUGACUCUCAGAUAAAAAUUUUUUUUAAGGAAUUUAAAUUUAAUUUUGAUUGUCUGAAGUUAACAUAGUUUUGGCCUUUUAUUGUUUUUUUUGUUUUUUUUUACUGACAUUAGUACACCCAAGUCCUAAAGUCCACCAGGUGUCCAUGGAUGAUGAUGUAAAUGAUGAUGAAUGGGUGUAUGUCAGUAUGGUCACACAGGUUGCACACAAUAAUGGUAAAAAUGUAUUUGGUAUUCCCUUUGCCAUUAUAGUAGCAAACGUGAAUAUAAGACUAAAAGUGGUAUGCAUUUGGUGCGUAGCUGGAAACAAAAUUCUGUGUUUAUUAUAGUCAUGUUAGGAUUAAAAUCAUUACUAUAUACACAUUAUUUUUCAUUACAGAUUAAUGUAUCAUUCCACUUGAUCACUUGAAAUGGUGAUCACAUACCUUAAGGGAAAAAUAUUAUGUUUGACAGAGCAUUUAUGUUGUUUUGUUUAGCUUCUUUUUUACUGGUGAGGUUUCUCUUAUAGAGUUUAAAACGAAAGUAUAUGGAAAAUCACUGUGCAUCAGUAAAUGCUGUUUAUACAUUUUAGACAUUUAAAGAAUAUUGAACAUUAUUCAUAAUUAUUUCUAUUUAACUGCAAAUGCGUUGUAAUCUGCCAUAAAUAAAAAGGUUUUCUUUCUUCAAAAGCAAAUAUAGUAUUAUAUAUAAUGUUCAAUUGUAUUGCCGAUCCAUUCUUUUCAAGAGAAUUGAAAAAUUCCUUCUCACUGUUUUUAUUUAUUUUUUUGGUUUAUGAAAAUUGUAUGUAUGUGUGUACAUAUAUAUAUAUAUAUAUAUAUAUAUAUAUAUAUAUAUAUAUAUAUAUAUAUAUAUAUAUAUAUAUAUAUAUAUACAUACACACAUAAUGGUGAUUUCCAGGGAAACUGCUAUUUCUAAUUGUUAAAUUUGUAUUAGUUUAUCAACUGUUUAAUGAAUGCAAUUUCUUAAAUUGUCCAAAAGUGUAAAAUGUCUCUUAAUGUCACCUGGAAAGAUUACAGAAAAUUUCAGUCUAGCUUAUGCUUUUUUUUUCCUUCUUUUUUUUUCUAGGCUUACUAACUGAUUUUUUCUUGCUCGGCUGACCACUUUUACCUGGUAACAUGAAAUAUUGGAUUGAUUUAUUUUUAAUUGCAAUGUGUACAGUUUUUAUUUUUCAUUGAUAUAUCUCCUGAUGGUGUACCGUCCCCAUUUCACACAUAUUUGUUUCUUCAUUUGUACUUGUACAAUCCCAUGUCCCAUUUUAAGUUGACAUUUACUCCUGAAGAUGACUUUCCUUUGUUUGUCUUUUAUAUGUGUUGAAAAUAUGAACUGGGGGACGAUAUCUGUUUCUUUCCCUCUCUUUCAAUGCUUUUAUUUUUUCUGAAGUAUUCAUCCACAAUUAACCAUAUAUUUCACCUGUUGCAUGAUAAUAAAGAAGGAAGACUGAAGACCA